CUGGCAACACUGCGGACGUCUCCAAAUUUGAGGAUGUAUGUUUAGAUUUGAUAGGAUUUACUCAUUGAAAUGAUUUAAAUCAGGUAUUUGGAAAACAAAUAUUACACACUUAUUCGGAUCGUUGUAUUUGAUAUUUUUCAACGCAAAGAAAGGACAAUUACUACUUUUUGGGCGAGGACUUCCUCUUAUUCCGACAGCAAGCGAACGCAGCAUUAAAGCGACACUACUCUACGGAACUGAACUGGAUUCACUUCAAAUGGAAUGAGCAUGAUUGAGAACAUCGGAGAAGUGUCGCCAGCCGAGCGCCAGCAGGUUCUGGAAGCUCUGGAGCGGCUGCAGUCCAAGCUGGUCCGGAAGGAGGAGUGGAGCCACUGCAGCGAGCGUGUGGGGACUCUGAAGGAGACCCUGCAGAGUCCCCUCUUCACUCACAUCCUGACCCUGCAGCACUCCAUCAGGCAGCUGCGGAACCAGCUGAGCAGCAUGCCGCCAGACGUCGGCAGCCACUUCAAUUUCUCCAAAAAGGGUGAGCUGAUCUUGAGCGCGGGGGGCUCGACUCAGACCAACGGCUGGCCUCCACCCUCCCAUCAGACCGACGACCUUCAGGAGUGGAUCUCGUCCGCUGCCAAGGGCCGAAGCACAGAAGGCGUCAGACUGACUCGCCCACAGUCAGGUGGUCUUGGCUUCAGCGUGGUGGGUCUUCAUCCAGGAAGCAGCAGUCAGGACGUCUUUGUCAAACACAUCCAGCCUGGAGGCGUGGCCCACAGGGACGGGCGGCUUCAGGUGCGGGAUCAGAUCCUGGUGAUAAACGGACGCCCCCUGGUGGCAGGGAUGAGCCACCAGCAGGCGCUCGCUUUGCUGCAGCAACCUGGCGAGACGGUGGAGCUGCUGGUGGCGAGGGACCGCCCAUCCAGGGUAUCAUCAGCAUCGACUCUGGCGGUUGACGACAAAGACGCGGGUCAGUGGGGUCACGUGGAGGAGAUCCAGCUGGUGAACGACGGUUCCGGUUUGGGCUUUGGUAUCGUGGGCGGGAAGACUGCCGGCGUGGUGGUGAGGACUCUCCUCCGAGACAGCGUGGCUGACAGGGACGGGCGUCUCCGCACAGGUGACCACAUCCUUCGCAUUGGGGCCACGCCCACCAGUGGUCUCACCAGUGAUCAGGUGGUCAAGGUCCUGCAAGCGUGCGGGAGUCAUGUGACCAUGCUGAUAGCCAGGGACCCAUGGAGCCAGGGGACAAAUGCUCCGCCGCCCCCAGACUCCGCCCCGGUGUCCGCAUUACCCCCGCCACUUCCAGAGCAGCCUCCCCAGCGGCGGGCCAGCAGGAUGCCCAACUUGGAGGGCUACGAGAUCCAUGAGGUUCCACUGACCAAGAAGGACGGACAGAGCCUGGGAAUCUCCAUCAUCGGACACAACCCCCUCACCAGCCAAGAUGCGGUAGGCGUGUUCAUCAAGAACGUGGUCCCAGGCAGCGCCGCAGAUCAGAGCGGAAAUAUCCGAGUGCACGACCGUCUGAUUGGCAUGGACGACGUCAGCCUGCACGGUCUGACCAAUCAGGAAGUUGUGGAGGUGAUGAAGCGGACUGGCAGGACCGUGGUCCUGACUUUGGUCAGGAAGAAGACCAAAACUCUCGAGAGGUCCCUAGACAGAGUGUUAGUGGAGUCUUCUCGGGGGUCACUGCGGAGGUCGCCAGAGGAAACGCAGAACAGAAUCAACGCUCCAGAUGCAGCACUGAAGGCCAAGUGGCAGCAGUCUUUGGGUCCACACUACCAAGUCCUGGUAAUAAACCUGGAUCCUGUGAUUGAAGACGAUGCUGAGCUUCAGAGGUCCUCCAAGCUGCUGCCCGUCCACAUGUUGCGACUCGGCGUGGAGUUGGACUCGUUUGACGGUCACCACUACAUCUCUUCUGUGGCACCAGGAGGUCCCGUGGACAAACACGGCGCCCUGAGACCGGAGGACGAGCUGCUGGAGCUAAAUGAUGUGCAGCUGUAUGGAAAGUCUCGUCGGGAGGUGAUCUCUUUCCUCAAGGAAGUGCCCCCCCCUUUCACGCUGGUGUGCUGCCGACACGCCGCCCUCCACACGGAAGCAGAAAAAGAGUUGGAGUAUGAAUUAGGACAACGACCAGGAAGCAGCGUGGAGGACUUGGAGGUAAAACUGGCGUCGGCUCUUUGCAGUCACACGAGCGAGAUGCACCAGGAAACCAUGCAGCAGGUCAUGGAGGUGGAAGAGGAGAGGAGUGAACACAGCCAAGAGGAGGAGGAGAAGGAGGAGGAGGAGGAGCUGGCUCUCUGGUCCACUGAUGUUGACAUGUUGGAGUUGCACAAGGAGGCAAAUAGAGGUCUGGGCUUCAGCAUCCUGGACUACCAGGACCCACUGGAUCCCGCUCGCUGCGUGAUGGUGAUCCGCUCUCUGGUUCCCGGCGGCUCGGCCGAGACACACGGGGGUCUGCUUCCUGGAGACCAGCUGGUGUCUGUGAACAGCAUCCUGCUGGACCAGCUGAGCCUGGCCCAGGCCGUGGAGGUCCUCAAGUCCGCCCCGCCCGGUGUCGUCCGUCUGGGCAUCCGCACGCCCCUGGUGGUGGAAGGCGGCGGGCGCGGGCUCCAUGGUGACCAAAUGUCAGUCAGAGACACGCCUCAAUUGCAGGGGCCUGCAGAAGACAACCUUGGUCUAGAAGAAAUGGAGGAGGAGCCAGAGCUGAUCCUGGACGGCGGCCUGCCUCGCUACGCCGCCCCUUCUCUGACCUCUGACCUUCCUGUGGAGGAGGGCAGGGAGAUGGCUGUGGACGAGGAGGAGAAGAUGAGCUCCCUUCCCAGGAAAGCUCCCCCGUCCUGGGAGGAGUGGAAGCUGACGUCCUCGCUUCCAGCUGAUGAGACUGCAAGAGGAGACGUCCAACUUCCAUCUUUUACUUCCACUGUGGUGCCUGCUAAUAAUGAUCCAAUGAUGCCUCCAGCUGAGUCCAUGAGGAUGAUUGACAUGGAGAAGAGGAGGAGGCGGAGUCAAGGAGGUCACAAAGACCUUCCUGAGCGUGAGGAGGGGGAGGGGGAGGAAACCCCUCCCUUCAGUCACUGGGGACCCCCUCGCAGAGUGGAGGUGUGGCCUGAGGAGGGCCAGUCACUGGGCCUGAGUAUCGUGGGAGGUCAUCACGUCAUCAAGCGCCUGAGGAACGGAGAAGAACUCAAGGGAAUCUUCAUCAAGCAGGUCCUCGCUGGUAGUCCUGCUGCCAAGACCCAGUGUCUGAAGACGGGAGACAAGAUCCUGGAGGUGUCGGGUGUAGACCUGCGGGCUGCCAGUCAUGAACAGGCAGUGGAUGCCAUCAAAUCAGCUUUGAGUCCAGUGGUCUUCAUCGUGCAGAGUCUGACUACUACACCACAGGUGGUGUCUCUACCAGCGACCAUGUCCAACAGAAACAAAGCAGACAAGAGCCCACACUCCCUGGUGCCAAGAUUAGCCCCGCCUCCUGUGCGACAGCCUCCACCAUACAGGCCACCCAGCCAAUCAGAGCAGGAGCUGAGCUUGGAGCUGAAGCAGGCCGAAGAGCGUUGGUGUGAGCGUUAUGGCGAGCUGCGGGGGGAGCUGCUGUGCGUGGAGCUGGAGAAGGAGCGACAAGGUCUGGGCCUCAGCCUGGCGGGGAACCGUGACCGCUCCCGACUCAGCAUCUUUGUGGUGGGCCUGCAUCCUGGCGGGGUGGCGGCACGGGACGGACGCAUCCAUGUAGGGGACGAACUCCUGGAGGUGAACGAUGAAAUCCUCUAUGGGCGGAGUCACCAGAAUGCAUCAGCCAUCAUCAAGAGCUCCGCCUCCAAGGUUAAACUCAUCCUGCUCAGAAACCAAGAUGCUCUGCACAACAUGGCCGUCCCCCCCUUUCCCCCUCCCCCAGCGACCAGCCCUGAGCCACGCGUCUCCCCGCCGCCGUCCGGUGAGUCCACUCCCACGGACUGGCCCCGUCCCCCAGACAACGAAACGCUGCGCUCAUCCGCAGACUUGCAGGACGAGACCAGCCCACGGGCGGACCAACCCGACGCCGACGAUCCCCGCGGUCUGAGGGAGGACGACGCCAGCGCGGAGACGUGCACACAUGGGCAGGCUGCCAGGGCCCCCACGGAGCAGCAGUCGGUCAGGUGGUCCGGUGGCGGCGAAGACGGGGGUGUGUGGCGUGACACCAUAAAAGGAAGCUCCGCCUCCUCGGAGCCUCAGCGCUGCGCGGUGCUUCCCGGUCAGGAGACCACCUUGGAGAUCUGUAAAGGUGGAAGUGGGCUGGGACUCAGCGUCGUGGGAGGCAGAGACACGCAGCUGCAGGCCAUCGUGAUCCAUGAGGUGUACGAUGAAGGUGCAGCAGCCAGGGAUGCUCGACUGUGGGCGGGAGAUCAGAUCCUGGAGGUGAACGGGGUGGACUUGCGUGGGGCUUCACACCAAGAGGCCAUCUCGGCGCUCAGACAGACGCCGUCCAAAGUUCUUCUGACGGUUCUGAGGGAUGAGGCUCGCUACCAGCACCACCAGAACCUGGACAUCUUCCUGGUGGACCUCCACAGGAAGAGUGGACGAGGGCUCGGCGUCAGCAUUGUUGGAAAAAGGAGCGGCAGUGGCGUGUUCAUCUCUGAAGUGGUCAGAGGGGGCGCUGCUGAGCUGGACGGUCGUCUCAUGCAAGGAGACCUCAUCCUGUCUGUUAACGGCCAUGACACAAAACACGCCUCCCAGGAAGCUGUGGCCGCCAUGCUGAAGUGUGCACGAGGUCCCGUCUUGCUGGAGGUGGGUCGACUCAAAGCUGCUUCCUGGACCACCUGGAAGGAUGACGUGGGACGACAAAGAGUCUCAAAGACGCCAACACCCAACCCAUGCAGUCACAUUUUAGCUCCAAGCAGCAGCGUGAUGUCAGAAAAAAAUGAUGUCACUUCCUGUCCUGGCGACAUCACAGAUGAGGACGUCCGCACCGUGCACAUCGCCAGGGGUGCAUGUGACUCUCUGGGGGUGAGUAUAGCAGGGGGCAGGGGAAGCCCUUUGGGAGACGCCCCCAUCUUCAUCGCCAUGAUUCAAGACGAUGGCGCCGCCGCCAACACACAACAACUAAAGGUGGGCGACAGGAUCAUUAGCGUCAACAAUCAAUCAGUGGAGGGUCUGUCUCAUGACGACGUGGUCAACAUGAUGAAACACACACAUGGAGACAUUUGUCUGCAGGUGGUGGCAGACACCAACAUGAGUGCCAUCUUCAGUCAGCUGGACAACUUGUCCACUUUGUCUUCUCACACAGAGGACACACACACACUAGGUCCACCUUCCCGUACUAUCUGUCUGGAGAAGACUAGUGAUGGACUGGGCUUCAGCAUCGUGGGAGGAUUUGGGAGCACACAUGGAGAUCUGCCCAUCUAUGUCAAGACUGUCUUCAGCAAGGGCGCAGCGGCGGUGGACGGGCGUCUGAAGCGAGGCGAUCGUGUGUUGUCCGUCAACGGUCAAAGUCUGGAUGGCGUCACACACGAGCAGGCGGUGGCCAUCUUGAAAAAACACCCAGGAGCUGUCAGACUGGAAGUACUGUCCUAACACACACAAACACACAAACAACUACACAACUAACGCUAGCAGCCUUGUUGUUAGCAGAGCUUGCAUGUUGUGUCAGGGACAAAAAGACAAAUGUGACUUCAUGUUGAAAGCUCGUGCCACUUCCUGUGAAGAAUAUUCCGUCAACAACAGCAUCUUCAUUUAGGCUUUGCUUACCACCACAACCUAGCAAACUAGCUACUGUGCAACUUUAGGCCUCUGUUGAUUGUUGUCUUAUAAAAUGAGCAGAAAUAGAAAUAAAAUUAUAUGUUUAUCACGAGCUGAUCACAUUUUUUUUUUUUGCAUUUUGCUAUUCCUGCUAUUGCUAAUGGUGAUGUCAUCUUCAGGAAGUGCAGGUUGACUUUACUUGGAAGGUACAAUCAUGGUUCUUUUCUUGCAUUGCGACGCUCACCAUGGCAACCACCGUCCAUUAACAGAUGUAACUCCAAAAAUGUGCAAAAGUCCGUUUAUGACAGCAAUAAAUGUGAAACUAAUACAGUAUGUGAUAUGAAAUGAUAACAUACUUAGUGAAAUAUGUCCAGCUUUUGUUUAUCAUUUGAUGAUCAGGGUUUACAGUCUUUGUUCAAACCUUUUCAAUUUGAGGUUUUCAUGACCAUAAUCAUCAAAAUUAUACUGUACAUAAAAUUAUAUACAGUCC